CAUGUACGAACAUUUUAUUGCAGCUAUCACAUUCUGUUAGAAAAAAUAUCUUGAUGUCUGCAAUCGAUAUCAAUGUGGCUAAGCCGCUGCCUAUACAGUGUACUGCAGGAGCAAUACCAUUUUUGAAUGAAAAAGGCGAGAUAUCGAUGAAGAAAGUUAAAGUUCAACGAUAUGUAUCUGGGAAAAGGCCAGAUUUUGCACCAUCCUCAUCCGAUGAAAGUGAGGGUAAUGAAGAUAAUCAUGAACAAGCUCAAAAAGUUCAAACUCAUAUAGUUAGAGAAUAUCAACAUAAAUAUUCAAGCCCAGAAUCAGUUCACGAUUUAGAUCGACCUGAAAGAAAAAAUCAAAGCAAGGAGACUACUCGAAAUCAUAAAAAAAGUUCAACAAGAACAGAAGAUAUUAACAAAAUUAAGCAAGCACAAAUUUUGGAAAAGUUGGCACGUCACAAGCAAAUGCAUAAAGAAAAUAAUGCUAAGGAGUCAGAAUCGGAAACCGAGACAUCCAGAGUUAAAAACUAUAAUAACGUAAUGAGGGACGACCAUAAGUCCAGACAUAAAGAAAUUAGUAGUGAAAGCGGAAGCGAUAAGGAAGAUAGUGAUGAAAACGAAGAAGAAAUACAAAAGAGGAGGCUGGCCCUGCGGCAAAAGAUACUUGAAAAAAUAAGAAAGGCUAAGGAAAGGGAGAAAGAGAAAGAAAAAUUAUCUCGUAAAGCUCCACCAUCAAGCAAAAUUACUAAAGCGUCUCGCGGGGAUGAACAUAAAAGCGACAAAUAUUUGGACGAAAAUUUAGAUGAAGGAGUUGAGGAGGAGGAAAGCGAAGAAGAAAGUGAUGAAGAAGAGGAAGAGAGUGAAGAUGAAGGAUUCGACGUGUUCAGUAGACACCAACAUAUUAAGCCCGUAUUUGUUCAGAAGAAAGAUAGAGUUACUAUCAAAGAAAAGGAGGAUGACGAAGAAAAGCAAAGGCUUUCGGAAAUCAAAGCUAAAAAGGUAGCAGAGGAACGGCGUAGGGAAACUUUAAAGAUAGUCGAAGAAGAGAUUAAAAGAGAACACUACAACCCUCCGGAAAAGACGGACGUGAUUGCAUCCAACAAUUUAUUACCCCCGGAAAAUCCGGCUAUAACGUCCAAGCUCGAAGAUAUAGAUACGGAUGAUGAAAUUGACGAGGAAACCAGUUACGAAAGCUGGAAAUCCAGAGAAGCUGAAAGACUUAAGAGGGACAAAGAAGAGAAAGAAAGAAUGGUGAGAGAGAAAAUGGAGAUAGAAAGAUGGCACAGUAUGACGGAAGAAGAAAGAGCUGAAAUCUUGAGACUUAAUCCCAAGUUGGUAACCAAUAGGCCUCAAAAAGGAAAAUACCGAUUCUUGCAAAAAUAUUAUCAUAGGGGUGCCUUCUAUUUGGAUGAAGAAGAAGACGUUUUGAAACGAGAUGUUAGCGCACCCACACUCGAAGAUCAUUUCGAUAAAACUGUUAUGCCUAAGAUUAUGCAGGUCAAAAAUUUCGGUAAAGCUGGGCGUACGAAAUACACUCAUUUGGUGGAUCAAGAUACAACCUUAUUCGAUUCCCCUUGGACAAGUCACAAUCCUCAAAAUAUCAAAUUUAUCAACAAUCAAUCUGGGGGUAUGAAGCAAAUCUUCAACAGGCCUUCUAAGAAGAAAUUAUAAUUAAAAUGCGAAAUAAUCGUGAUUGUUAGCUAGCCAUAAGUGAUUUGGAAUAUGAUAGGAAUGAAUUUGACACUUUUAUAUAGCUAUGUAAUUAUAAAUAUAUUGUACCAUCAUCACUUUAUUA